CGUACAAGUUUCGAAAUGAAGUAUGAUAUAUAUAACAUAGCUUAAAUGAGUUGAGAAAGUUAAUCAAAAUAAUGGCGGCAUGGUUCAACUCAAUGAUGCCAAUUUUGGGAAUUCCUUCAUCUUUUCUUCCAAAACCCAUUUCACUUCCUCCUCUUUCUUCUUUCAGGAAUAAUGGAGAUGUCAAUAAUAACUUACAUGAACAAAGGUUAGAGAAUGAGGACUUGUCCAAGUCAUUAUCUGAUGACGAAAAGAAUGUGAAACAAGAUAACAUUUGGCAAUUGUUCAGAGAAGCUCAGCAGAACAUACUAUACUUAAACAAUCAACGCCUUGGUGCCAUUGAGGAACUUAACAAAACAAUUAAAGAAAAACAGUUCCUAUUUCAUAAGAUAAGGAAAUUAGAAGCAGAAAAGAAGGAGGGAACAGAUAAGCUAUCAACUUGUUCCGAAUUGCUGCUUCGAAUAGACUCAAUGGUCCUUGGCAGCGUGAUUACUCCUGCAGAGGCAUCUGACUUUAGACGUUUGAUGUUAAACCAUAAAGUGAGUGUGGCUGAUGUCUUUGAUCUCAUCUCACAUAAAAGCGAUUCUGAGCUUCUCAGAGAACUUCGUUACUUUUCAGAUGAAAGCUUUUCAGAUGAAAGCAAAACGAGGAGUUUUCAUAUUAUUCACAUUUGCACAGAAAUGGCACCAUUGGUCCAUAGAGGGUCUGUAGCAUCAUAUGUAACCGGCAUAUCUCGUGCACUUCAAAGAAAAGGCCACCUGGUGGAGGUUAUAUUGCCCAAGUAUGCAUGUUUAGACCUUGAUCAAGUGCAAGGAUUGCGUGAAGUUAAAGGGGAGGCUUACUCGUAUUUUAAUGGUCAAUUACAUGGAAAUAAAAUUUGGAAUGGUGUUGUUUAUGGAAUUGGAGUCACUUUGAUUGAGCCAUUGAACUAUUCAUCAUUUUUCAACCGUGAGAUGAUAUAUGGUUACCCGGAUGAUUUCGAAAGGUUCUCUUACUUCUGUCGUGCCUCACUGGAUUACAUUGUAAAAUGUGGGAAGCAGCCCGAUGUACUGCAUCUCCAUAACUGGGAGACUGCCAUUGUUGGGCCCCUUUUCUGGGAUAUAUUUUUUAACAAGGGACUUGGAGGAACCAGAAUAUUACUGACAUGCCACGACUUCAAUUCACAGGGUAUCGAGCAACCAAAUAAAUUGGCCUUAUGUGGACUUGAUCCUUCAAAUCUUCAUCAACAUGAUCGCCUGCAAGACAACACUAACACACAAUUUGUCAAUAUUUUAAAGGGAGGAGUUGUCUAUUCAAACAGAGUUGUAAUAAUGUCAUCUAUCCAUCCAAAGUACACAAUUGUUCGCAAUUUGAGUCAUGAACUGGAACCUACUUUAAAUGUUCACAGGGACAAGUUGGUCGUUGCUCCAUACGGAUUUGAGAAAUCAACAUGGGAUCCUACGAGGGACUAUUUUCUUCCAGAAAAUUUCAAUGCUGAAAAUAUGAAUGGAAAAGCGGUUUGCAAAGUUGCAUUACUGCAGCAGUUGGGGUUAUCUGAACAUUCUUCUAGUAUUCUUAUUAUAUUAAUGAACACAAGUGAGAAACAGGUGGUGAAUCAGCCACUAGAAUCACUUCAGGAGGAACUCAAGGAUGAUGAUAAUAUUAAAUUUGUGGGUGCAUAUGAUGAAGCUUUAUCGCAUUUGUUAUUCGCAGGAUCUGACAUUAUCUUGUGUCGAUCAUUUCUUGAUCCUUCCGAUGAAACCCCACUAAAAGCUUUGAGGUAUGGAGCAGCUCCAAUAGCGGUUGGCAUGCAUACUCACAUAAACAGGGUGAUACCUUUUGAUAGGAACUUGAUGAAUCAUGACCAAGAGGCAACCAAGUACUCAAAGAUAAUCAACAAUACCUUUGGAAACAUAUCACUUGGCCUUGCCAUUGAUGAAAUUAGGAGUAACCCAUCCAUGUGAAAACGAAGAAUAGUGGAAGCAAUGUCCCAUGAUUUAUCAUGGGAUGGUGAAUGCUACGAAGUUCAUGUGGCAGCUUACUCGACUAUAAAGAAUAUGUGAAGUGAGUAUAGUGUACUUGUAUAUGUAUUGCUUAAAAAACAAUAUAUAUAUAUAUAUAUAUAUAUAUAU